AUGGACGUCACUCCACCGGCAAGGCCUCCUGGUCGACCACGUCUGAAGGAGGGCCCCAAGAAGCCCCCCACGAGGUUUCGCAACGUGCACGUCUCGUUCAAGAAGAAGCAAGAUGGUAUGGAUAGUUUCGACGAGAUCGGUAUGGCAGCCACCCUCAUGAAGCACUUUCCUCACCUGCGGGGCCCUCCACUCGACACAACUCGAAAGAAGGUAUACGCUUGGCUCAAGCAACGUGCUCGCAUUAAGGUUAAAGCAACAAAUCCACGUACUUCUAAACACUUGUGUUCACGUGAGCUUCGGAUGGCCACUACGUUGGCCAAGGAGUCGGAUGUGCUGAUCGCACUCUGGGUCCACUCGAUGCGCAAGGACGGGGUACCAUUGACCCCACAAAUGAUUCAAAUCAUGGCCUUGGAGACGGCGGUCGAUGUCGGCUUGGAUGAAAAGGCGUUAGUUGCCAGUUGGUCGUGGCUCGAAAGUUUUAAAAGGCGCUUUUGGCUGUCGUUGCGCGCGCGGACACGACAAGGUCAAGACACACAAGGAGACGGUGACGCGGUGAUGGCAACUUUCUCGGCACAUGUAGCCCAGGUGGUCCGCGACAAUGACAUCGACGUGAUCUAUAAUGCUGACCCGACGGGUGUGAACUAUGAGUACCUACCGACCAAGACGCUCAAUGCUCGCGGCGACAACACGGUGUGGAUCAAGUGUGGUGGCAAGUCGAAGGACCGCGCAACGGCUCAGAUUUCGACGUUCAAGCUGCAAGCUCCGAAGCGUCCAACACUGGUGCAAUGGAUUACAGACGCGUGGUUUGGAUUGUCGGAAGCCAUCAUCACCAACGGGUUUGCGAAAUGCAAGAUUGUCCAUCAAGAUGAAGCAGUGGACGAAACUGUCGAAACUACGGUUCCAGUCUAUAUAUUGUCGGAACUCGUUGCGAUUUCUGCUCUGGAUGACAAUAGAUGGACCUUUACUUGA